AUGGAGAGCUUUGACCCGUCAUCGGGACUGGUCUUUAGGGAAAGUACGACGGCUUCUGUCCGUUCAAUGGUACCCACAUGGACAAGCCAUUCUCGUGGUAGAAGGGUGGACCCAUCGAAAUACCGCCGGCAAGCUGGAGGAUGCGAUACUCUGCAAGCAAUGGCACUCCGUGCUUGCGUCUGGAAUGUUGACAAUAUGGAAGUUGAAGCUCUGCAAUGGCUCGGAUGGUCAUAUGCUAGCCGCUUAUACGAACACAUCAAGUACAACGACACACUGUCCUUCCGUACAUGGAGUCUCUUCCAGAAAGCUUUCCCGGAAGACAUCGAUCGUCACUCUAGGUUCAGAGUCCAGGACAAUCCUGGGGGUCUCCUACCCUCUGUCGUCGACCGAUUGGCCAAGCUCGAUGCCCGCACGCUGACUUUUCUGUGUAUCCGGGUGUCCGAUAUAACAAUUGACCAACUUGUUGCCCUUAACAAGAUCGAGACGCUCGCAGUUCUCACAUUAGAGGUUGGAAGAAGCCGGCAGAACGCAGUACUGUCACUUCAAAUGAUGCGCGACUGGGGACGAAGUGUUGGCGAAAGUGGUGCAAUGAGGAGUCUGCGGGUACUUGUCAUCAACAACUACAUCAGGCUUCCGAAAAAACCGCUCUUGGAGUUCAUCUCGUCCUUUCCGGGUCUAAAGCUAGUUGGAAUCCACAGUCCACAGUUACCCGAUCCCGCAGAGUGUGGGGAAGGCUGGGGCAUACAUUCAGCUUCGGCCCUUCUUAGCGAAUGGAGUAGUUCCGGUCUAAGGAGAAAUACCAUCGUGCAGCAACUGUACGAAGCAUCUUUUGUAUCCUCUUCCGAAACAUCACGAGACGCUACUACUGAUGGCUGCAAGGCAUACCGAUCCCUCUCCUUUCAGUAUGCUCAAGGGAGCAAGAGUUUACGAGAUGACGACGUCGCGUGGUUCAUACGGAAGCAACAAGCCAAGCGACCAAACAAGCGUGCUGGUGAAUACAAACCUCCACCAGAUGGCGGCAAAAGGAGGGUACGUAACGACAAAAAGGUCGAUAUGGGUUCGCUGCUGGGUAGUUUUGGUUGA